AUGUCGUGCUACCUCGAGAACACGGCUCUCUUCAAGAGCCAAAUCGGCAUCACUCCAUGGGACACUUGCGUCAACGGUGUCAGUCAGUACAAGAACAUCUUCGGCCUGUCCGACUACAUGGGAAAGUCUUACGAUGGGAGAUGCUCUUUCUUCCAAGGAACUCCUCCCCUUCCAGAAGGUCUUGGAUGGUUCAUCAUUCUCGGAAUCGGCGUCAUUUUCGCGUUGAUCACUUCCCUCAUGGUUUGGUUUGCGUCGUCCCACACUCGCGAAGAUCAGCAGGUCGGCAGGAACUCUGAGCAGUUCACCUCUGGUGGACGACAGAUCCCCGCGGGUCUCACAGCGGCGGAUGUCGUGUCAAAGUGGACAUGGGCAGCCACUCUCCUGCAGUCCAGCAAUGUCGCAUACCAGCAGGGCGUGUCUGGACCUUUCUGGUAUGCUGCUGGAGCAACGAUCCAGGUCAUCCUGUUCGCGACUCUGGCCAUCGAAAUCAAGAGGAAGUGUCCUGCCAUCCACACGGUGCUCGAGGUUGUGCUGGUCCGCUGGGGUGUCGCCGCGCACAUGGUCUUCCUCUUCUUUUGCAUUCUCACCAACCUCAUCGUCACGGCCAUGUUGAUCUUGGGAGGAGCAGCGACAGUCGAGGCGCUGACGGGUGUGAACGUCUAUGCUGCAAGCUUCUUGAUCCCUAUUCCUGUUUGCGUCUACACCGCCUUUGGAGGGUUGAAGGGAACUUACUACGCCUCCUUCACGCACACUGUCAUCAUCUUCAUCGCUCUUCUCAUCUUCAUGUGGAAGAUCUACGCGGGCCCCUCGGACAUCGGAAGCAGCGACAGGAUGUACGACAACUUGGUAUGCGAUGCCAUCAAGAGUCAGAACACCACCGGCUUGGAGUUUGCCACUGGCAACAGCCAUGGAAGUCUCUUGACCAUGUGGUCGCAAGGAGGUCUUAUCUUCGGUAUCGUCAACAUCGUCGGAAACUUCGGCACGGUCUUCGUUGAUCAGUCCUACUGGCAGGGAGCCAUUGCCUGCCAGCCCAGCGCCACCUGGAAGGGUUACCUGCUGGGAGGCAUCUCUUGGUUUGCCAUCCCCUUCUCCAUGGCGACUUCCCUCGGCCUCGCUGCCCAUGCUCUCAACUUGCCCAUCACUCCCUCCGAGUCCGCGCAGGGUCUGGUGCCCCCCGCCGUGGCUGUGCAUCUGCUGGGUCAGGGCGGUGCCUUCUUGAUCGCCUUCCAGCUGUUCCUUGCCGUGACUUCGACUGCCAACUCCGAGCAGCUCGCCGUGUCCUCGCUCCUCGCCUACGACGUGUACAAGCGCUACAUCAACCCCCAGGCCACCGGCAAGCAGAUCAUCUUCGUCUCGCGCGCUGGAAUCAUCUUCUGGGCGAUCUUCUCGGGUGUGGUUGCAGCCAUUUUGAAGCAGUUCGACAUCAGCUUGGGUUGGGUCUACAUGUCUAUGGGUAACUUCAUCGGCUCUGCUGUCGUUCCCAUCACCUUCUCCCUCACCUGGAAGGACUGCACGGCUCUCGGAGCAAUCUCUGGCGCCGUCGGCGGGCUCGCAGCAGCUUUCAUCGGAUGGUUCUCGGUUGCCGCUUCCCUGAACAAUGGAGUGAUCAAUGUGGACACCCUUGGAGGAAACUACCCCAUGCUGACCGGCAACCUGCUUUCCCUCUGCGUCUCCCCCAUCAUCUGCAUCAUCGUCUCGCUAAUGAGCCCUCAGAAUUACGACUGGAAGGAUCUCGAGGAGAAGACCGGAACUUACCUUGUCGAGGACGACCCUCAUGCGCACUUGAAGGCGUCGGGAGGUGUGGAUUCCAAGGAAGCCAUGGACAAUGCCUACUACUGGGUGACGAGGGGAGGAACUGCGCUUUCCAUCGUUCUUAUCAUCCUCUGGCCGCUGCUCACGCUGCCCCAGAACCCCUUCAGCAAGUCUUACUUUGGCUGGUGGGUGGCCAUCGCCUUCAUCUGGGGUCACAUGGCCUUCUUGGCCACCGUCGUCUACCCUGUCGUCCAGUACUUCCUGCCCCCCAAGGACAUGUACCUCGAUCCCUCCGAGUCCGGAAUUGCUCCCGUCAAGCCGCAGGAGAUGCAGCAGAACUCUCCUGCUCCAGCUGGUUUCGUCAUGAACCCCGCCAUGGGGGCUCCGGGUAUGAUGAUGUAUGCUCCUCCCUUCCAGUCGUGGAACGGUCCUGUCCAGGGCUUCAGCACUGUUGGACCCUUCGGUGCCACGAACGUCCAAGGCAUGCCUACUCCCAUAUUCCCUCAAGCUUAA